GAGGAAAGAAAACCAAGGCUUUAAACGAUGGCGGCGAUCUCCGCUAGAGGGCCAAGUAUACUGAACUCUGCAGCAAAAUGCGGUAAUCUUAGAUUUCGUUUUCAAUGGAUUGAAAGAUUUUCCAAGCCAGUAUCGUUUGGAUUCUGCAAAAGUGUUCGCUGUUCAUCCACAAGUUCUCACGAGAAGCUCCAGUUUAGUUAUUGUCAUGGAAUAUCUUCAAAACGUUUCAUUGGUGAAACAAUUGGACAAAGGCUAGAUAUGACCGUGGAGAAAUUCCCAGACCGUGAAGCUUAUGUCUGCUGUGAGGACAAUGAAAGGGCCACGUUUGCUGAAUUCCAGGGAGAGGUAAACAAUCUUGCUGCUGGACUUCUUGCUAUGGGGUUCAAGAAAGGUGACCGUGUAGGAAUGUGGGGUCCUAACAUGAGAGAAUGGGUUAUCACUCAGUUUGCCACUGCCAAGGCUGGGUUAAUAUUGGUAAACAUAAACCCUGCUUAUCAAACUCCUGAACUUGAGUAUGCUUUGAAAAAGGUUGGCUGUAAAGCAAUCAUUAUGGCUGACAGGUUUAAAACACAAGAUUACUACAGCAUGUUGACGCACAUUGUACAUGAACUGCCACAGUCAAAACCAGGCGAUCUCUUUAAUGAAAGAGUUCCUGAUCUUAAGCUGGUUGUUAUGGCCAGUAAAGACCAUCAAAGGACCUUCAGUGGUACAAUGUCAUUUCAAGAAUUGAUGGAGAUUGGAGGAACAGAAGAGAGAAAAAAGUUGGAGGAGUUAAAGAAUGAACUCCAAUGUGAUGAUCCUAUCAACAUCCAGUUUACGUCAGGUACAACUGGUAACCCAAAAGGAGCAACUCUGUCUCACCACAACAUUCUAAACAAUGCAUAUUAUGUGGGAGAAAUUUUGGAUUAUGAGAAUCAGUACUCCAGAAUAUGUAUUCCUGUUCCACUUUACCACUGUUUUGGGAUGGUGCUUGGAAGUUUAAUGAGUGCUACCUACGGAACUACCUCAGUUUAUCCAUCUCGAGGGUUUGACCCUGGCGCCGUUUUGACAGCCAUUCAGCAGGAAAAAUGUAAUUCUCUUUAUGGUACGCCUACGAUGUUCAUCGAUGUCCUGAAUCACCCCAUGUUGGAAAAGUUUGAUGUUAGCAGUCUUCGCACAGGUGUUAUGGCCGGCUCACCGUGUCCUAUUGAGGUUAUGAAACAAGUUAUAACAAAGCUCCACAUGCCACAAGUUACGAUCUGCUAUGGUUUAACUGAAACAAGCCCUGUCACCACACAGACAUUGAUGGAUGACCCGAUAGAUUUGCGAGUCUCUACGAUUGGACGCGUUCAUCCAAAUAAUGAGGCGAAAAUCGUGGACAGUGAUGACCGUGUGGUACCUGUCAAUACAGCAGGGGAGAUUUGCUUUCGAGGUUACAAUGUCAUGCUGGGAUACUGGGAUGACAAAGAAAAGACUGACGCCUGUAUUGACCCCAGCGGUUGGUUUCACAGUGGGGAUUUAGCCACGAUGGACGAAAAUGGAUUCAUGAAGAUCAUUGGGCGAAUAAAGGAUCUUAUUAUUCGUGGGGGAGAAAAUAUUUAUCCAACAGAGGUGGAACAAUUUUUGUACACACAUCCUAAGAUACAAGAUGUUCAGGUGAUCGGUGUUCCGGACCCUCGAUUGGGAGAAGAAGUCUGUGCAUGGAUUAAGUUGCACGCAGGUGAAACAGCCACACCGGAAGAAAUCAAAGAAUUUUGUAAAGGCGAGAUCUCUCAUUUUAAGAUUCCUCGCUAUAUCAAGUUCAUUGAUGAAUUUCCUCUCACCGUGACGGGAAAGGUGAAGAAGUUUGUUAUGCGAGAGAAAACUAAAGAAGAGCUGAAUCUUUAAAUCAAGGAGAGAUGAUUGCAAGAAAAGAUUUUAAAGCAAUGAUCUUCACAAUGCGUUGGCUGGACCAUAUGGGACACUUUGGUGAUACUUUCUUGGACCAAUCACGUCUAACUUUAUGAAACAAUUUCAAAAGAUGCUUCCUUGAAGUAUAAUCAUGCGCUGUGAGAAUGUGAAAUUCUUCAUCCUUGUAUAUAUAAAUAAAAUUACUAAGAGGACGCGUAGAAAAGACAAAGGUUUCUUAGACUUACUUUUAAUGGCAUCGAUGAACUGUAAAGGAAUACAAUAACGGAGACACACUUUCGUUUGAGGUACGUGUCGAAGAAAAAAGCUCCGUGAAGAUAUAACUAUUAAAAUAGAUUCUACGUAAAAGUACACGGUUAAAACAGAUCUAUUUUUACUACUUUCUUAAAACAAAAUUUCUGUAUCCUUUUUGCUCAGAAUUACGUUGCAUAAAAUUUGUACUCGUUUUUCGCUUGUUCCCUCAUGACAUAUUUCAUAACCUAAAGAGAAAAAAGUUUAUUAGAUUGAUUAAAAGCUCUCCCAUAUAUUUACUGAGGGGGCACUUUUAUUUC